GUUUUAAUUAUUCCAUAACCGUUACGAGGCAAAUGUUGUUCUUCCUUAUUCCCCCCGAAAAAACAUAACCUUCCGACUCUGCCAACGUUUUACUCCAAGCCACGCCAAAGCCUUCACCCCUCACCUUUAAACCACCGACCCACCUCCUCUUUUCACUAAAAUUUUCCCUUCUACUUCGCAUAAUCUGAAGCUCAUGGCUAUGGAGCCUGAAAGAUCCAAGCCACUGCACAACUUCUCCAUGCCCUAUCUCACAUGGGGUUCACAAAGAUUCCUCAAGUGUAUCAACCUUCCUUCCAACCCCACGAACUUCACCAACCUUCCUUCUCCGAUGAAUCAUGUAACACACAAACCAAGUAACCGGAACAACCAUCGAACCAGUUCCAUCGAGGAAUCGAAGAAACCCAAAUUUUCAAUCGUUGGUGAAGCGGGCGGAGACGAAUCCCCUGCGGCAAGGCCGUGGAAUUUGAGGACUCGCAGAGCAGCUUGUAAGGGUCCUGAAGAUGAGAGGAAUUUGGAAUUGGGUUCAUCUAAGAAUGAAAAGGAGAAGAAUCGGAGUGCGUUAAUUGUAUCCCUAUCGAAAGAGGAGAUCGAAGAGGACUUUGGGGUGCUGGUCGGUAGGCUACCGAGGAGGCCAAAGAAGAGGCCUAGAGCUGUACAGAAGCAAUUGGAUACGCUUUUUCCUGGGCUGUUUCUUACUCAGAUUACUCCGGAUUCCUAUAAACUUGCUGAUUAAAAGCUUCGAAUUGUGUUCUGUUACAAUAAUGGAAGUGUAAAUAAUUAGCAAAAUCAAAUUUGAAGUAACUUUAAAUUUUGUU